AUGGCUAACGAAUCCUGGAUCUCCCAUUACAGCCCCUCAAAUGACUUCUCUCUCGCCAACAUCCCCUUCGGCAUCAUCAGCACUCCGGAGGACCAAACACUCCGCCCAGCCAUCGCCAUUGGAGGCUUUGUACUGGACUUGAAAACAUGGCUGGCCAUAGUGAACAAGGAGAAACUCGCCGAUGUCUUCUCAGGUGUUGAUAUUGAUCAGCUUGACCAUGCUCUAAGCCAACCCACCCUCAACGGUUUCGCUGCUCUUGGACGGCCGGUGCACAGAAUUGUACGCAAAGGACUCCAGGAUCUAUUACACAAAGACACGCCAUAUGCAGAGCUCCUCAGGGAUGACGAGAAUGCCAGGACCAAAACCUUGAGCAGGCUGAGCGAUGUGACGAUGCACCUUCCAAUGGAGAUUGGAGACUACACCGACUUCUACGCAGGCUAUCACCAUGCCUAUGCGGUUGGUGUCAUGUUCCGCGGGCCAGAAAACGCCCUCCAGCCAAAUUAUACGCACUUACCGGUUGGAUACCACGGUAGGGCAUCGAGUAUCGUGGUGGAUGGGACGCCAAUUCGGAGGCCAGUAGGUCAGAUACUGCUGGACCCGAAAGCUGAGCCAAAGCAACCUGUGACUGGGCCUACGAGGAAACUGGAUAUCGAGCUUGAGCUUGGGUGCUUCAUCUCAAAGCCUAACAAAAUGGGCGAGUCUGUAGAUGUGAAACAGGCUGAGGAGUACAUCUUUGGCUAUGUGCUCCUGAACGACUGGAGCGCGAGGGAUAUUCAGGCCUGGGAGUAUGUGCCGCUGGGGCCGUUCAAUGGCAAGAACUUCGGGACGACAAUUAGUGCCUGGGUGGUGCUGGCAGAUGCGCUAGAGCCGUUCAAGGUGAAGACCGAGAUUGAUAAUAAGACCGAACUGCAAGAGUAUUUGAAGGGCGAGGAGGAUAAAACAGUGUUUGACAUUAAGUUGGAAGUCGAUUUGACAACUGCUGAUGGGAGCACAACUACCAUUGGAAGGACAAGCUCGAAGUAUUUGAUGUGGUCAUUUCCACAGAUGAUUGCGCAUCAUACUCUGGGUGGCUGUUCGAUGCGUCCUGGUGACUUGCUUGGCUCUGGGACAAUCAGUGGCCCAGGUGGUGUCGAGGAGAGGGGGAGCUUGCUGGAGAUGACUGAGAACGGGAAGAAGGAGGUAUUGCUGGCCGGGAUGAAUGCCAGAACGUUUUUGAAGGAUGGUGACAGCAUUACACUGAGAGGAUUUUGUGCUGAUGACGGCAAGGGAGUACGUGUUGGGUUUGGGCGCUGUUCAGGAACAAUCUAUGGUGGUCCACAGAUAUGA